AUGGGAGAAGUGACAAAAGAAGAAAUCGAAUCGGAAAUCGAGUUGAAAUUCUGGCUGGUUUUCAUUGGAUACAUCGUUUGUUCGAUGGCUUGGAUUGCAUAUUGUUUCAUUUCACAUCGAAGAGACGUUGAAUCUCUGAAACAAAUGGAAGAAUAUUGGGUGAAUCGACAAGUCGAACAAGAACGUUUAUUGCAAAAAUACGACAGUGUUCAAGUGGACGCGGCGAUUAGGAGAAGUUUAUUGGUGGAGACAAAUGAAAUCGCU